GAGACCGCUAAAACUCAAAGCAUGCAUAAAGCUUGACCUCGGUUUCGGUGUUCCUCGUGAGAUGCUGCCCGCUACCAAACAAAAAGGAAUAGAAAUUAGUAUUGUAAGCAUUUCACAAACAGGGAAAGUGUGAACAGGUUAGAAUUUGUAUCAAAUUCCACUGCAAGCCGAGCAGGUUUCUGAUUGUAUCAAAAGGUGGACAGUGUGUGCCCGAAUUACUGUAAAUAGGCGAAGCAACAAAAGGUGCUAUCGAUUCCGGCGAAUGUGAGACGAAGGUGCCACCAUUUUUGUGUGUGUCUGCAAUCGAAUAGAAAAUCGUUUAAAGCACAGCUAUUUAUCCACCUGUAACGGGGAUUGACGAGAUUACAAAUCAUAUAUCAUUUUCCGGGUGAUAAAUUGUGUGAAAUACAUCGUUUUCGACAACUAGAAAAAAAGAAAUGGCCAGUACGAGUACGGAUGUGCCGAUGGAGUCGGUGGAUACGGCCGGACCGGUACCUGGUGCACUGAGCCCAAACACAGUGAAUGGCAACGGGAAUGAUCUGGCCACCAACGCCGAGGAUAUGACGUCGCGCGACUAUUAUUUCGACUCGUAUGCACAUUUCGGCAUCCACGAGGAGAUGUUGAAGGACGAGGUACGCACGCUGACCUACCGGAACGCGAUGUACCACAACAAGCAUCUAUUCAAGGGGAAGGUCGUGCUGGAUAUCGGCUGCGGUACCGGCAUCUUGUCGAUGUUCGCGGCAAAAGCCGGUGCGGCGAAGGUCAUUGCGAUCGAGUGUUCGAACAUUGUCGACUACGCACAGAAGAUCAUCGAGGCAAACAACCUGCAGGAGACGAUCACGCUGGUGAAGGGCAAGGUCGAGGAAGUAACACUGCCGGAUGGGUACGACCAGGUGGAUAUCAUCAUUUCUGAAUGGAUGGGUUACUGUCUGUUCUACGAAUCCAUGCUGGACACGGUCAUAUAUGCGCGGGACAAGUGGCUGAAGAAGGACACGGGCAUGAUGUUCCCGGACCGGUGUACACUAUUCGUGACAGCGAUCGAAGAUCGACAGUACAAGGAUGAGAAGAUCAACUGGUGGGAUGAUGUGUACGGGUUCAACAUGAGCUCGAUUCGCAAGGUAGCGAUUAGCGAACCGCUUGUGGACGUGGUGGACCCGAAGCAGAUCGUCACGACCUCGUACAUGGUCAAGGAGAUCGAUCUGUACACGGUGAAGAAGGAAGACCUGGAGUUCGAAUCGCCCUUCCAUUUGUUAAUAAAGCGGAACGAUUUCGUGCAGGCGCUCGUGACGUACUUUAACGUGGAGUUCACCAAGUGCCACAAGCGGCUCUCAUUCAGCACAUCGCCGGAUGCGCCGUACACGCACUGGAAGCAGACGGUGUUUUACUUUGACGACUAUCUGACAGUGAAGAAGGGUGAAGAAAUUUACGGCACGUUCAAGAUGAAGCCGAACGUGCGCAACAAUAGGGAUCUGGACUUUACGGUCGAUCUGCACUUCAAGGGCGAGCUGUCGCAGGUGCAUGAAAAGAACCACUAUCGGAUGCGCUAGAUGUGCGCGGGAAGAAAGUACACGCUUGUCCCUCCGUACGAUCACCGAACGAAUAACACCCCACCCAUCAUCACAGAAAGAACCCUUUACAAACAGCCCCAGUGUCCGCCAAUUUCAUACACGGUGCAUUUUGCGCAAAAAGCUCUCAUUGGUCCGGCAAGGACAACACAGGACGUCGUACGGAAGAGAAGGGGCGGUAUAUUAGCAUCAGUAUGUUCUUCGUACCGGCGUACUUCGUGCAACGAACGCGUGGUUCAUUCCACACCACAGACAUGUUGUACCGUGUGUGAUACGAUAGUUUUAAUGUUCGUUGGCAAAACACCGGUAUCCGAGAUCCGUGAUCGCAUGUGCACAUAUGCAACAGAUCAUUCUGAACUUCCGGUGGAGCAUGGUAUUAUGUUAUCCAAAAAACCCCAUAUAGACCUACUCCCCCAUCCCCAUCAUUGACGUAAGCGUCCGCCGUAGCAUAACUUAGUCGCACGAGAAGGAGAAACAUCUGUAAUGACCAUUGAAAUAACUAAGAAUCUAUAGGCGCGUGGUAAACAAGUAAAACAAAGUGUUUGAAGAAAAUAUACGAACGAAAAGUAUGAUGACUGGAAGAAA